AUGAAGACCAUCCUCGCUGCAGCCGCCUUUAUUGGCAUUGCUCUUGCACAAUCCCUCUCUGACUUGCCAGCAUGCGGUCAAACCUGCAUCAACAACAUGCUAGGACAAGGUGCAACCCUUGGGUGCCCUGAUGUCAACGGCCAACCUGACACCCUCUGCCUCUGCGCCAGUAGCGACUUCGGUUAUGGUAUUCGUGAUUGCGCUGUCGAGUCCUGCCCUGCUGGAACGGACACCACUUCCAUCAUCGCCUAUGGUGUGUCUUAUUGCCAUGCUGCGGCGUCGGGUAAAUCCAGCGUUGGAACUCUCUCUGCAACUUCGGCUUUGACUGCUGCUGGAACUGCGACCGGCCCAGCUGGUUCCGCUUCUGGUGUGACUGGAGUGACUGGAACUGCGACUGGAACUGCGACUGGAACUGGCACUGGAACUGCGACUGGAACCGCGGCUGGUAACGGUGGUACUGGUUCUGCUUCGACUGCUGGCACUGAGGGUGGUUCUUCGACUCCAAUCUCCACUGAAACUCUCUUCUCUACCUUCACCACCGAUGGGAGCACAAUCACAAGUGCGAUUGGAACCUCGACAAUCUUCAGUGCAGCAAGUGGUACAUUGGUUAGUUCGGAAACUGCAAUUUAG